UCCAGGCUCAGCCACAAAGCCAGCUCCUGAGUGCUGCCUGCCUCUCAGGUCAGCAUUUGCUUGUACUGAGAGGUCUGCUACUGCUAGUAGUAGUCGUAUUUGUAUAGGGGUGGUGCUAAAAUGGCAACACGCAGGUGAAGUGAAAGUAGUGGGAGGCCAGAGCUCCCUGCCUGAAGGCUUGCUUCUUCCUCAUUGGUGCGCCUGCACCGCAACAAAACACCAAGAACAGCAGUCGUGGUCUCCGCCUCCCUAAUCCCAAUGGAGGCGGCAGACUUGCUGGGCCUGGGCUUCGACUUCUACGGCCAGUCACCGCCUCGCUUCUUCGACGACCAGCCGCCCUACGAGCAGGACUGCCUCGCCGUCGCCGACAGCAUCAUGUACGCGCCCACCGAGGCUGAGUCGGUCACCGGCCUGUACCCCUCUUACCGGGAGGCGUCGAACUCCCCCGACGGCGCCAACUCCUGCUGCGCGCACGUAGCGCCGCCGGCGUCGCCAGGUCCGGCGGGCGCGGCCACCAAGAACACCGCCAUGGAGAGGGACCGCCGCAGGAGGCUCAACGAGAAGCUCUACGCGCUCCGCAGCAUCGUCCCCAACAUCACCAAGAUGGACAAGGCGUCCAUCGUCAGGGACGCCAUCGCCUACAUCGAGCAGCUGCAGGAGGAGGAGCGCCGGGUGCUCGCCGAAAUAUCUGCGCUCGAGUCAUCCGGCACCGCCACCGCUGCCGCCGUCAAGUUCAAGGCCCAGGAUGCCGCCGGCAGCUACCCGUGGCCGAGGAAGAGGACGCGAACGGCGCCGGGCGGCUCAUCCAUCGACGCCGCACCGCCGCUCCAGAUCCUCGAGGUGCAGGUGACGGAGGCGGGGGAGAAGGUGGCGGUGGUGAGCGUGCGGUGCAGCAGGGGCAGGGACGCCGUGGCCAAGGUGUGCCGGGCGCUGGAGCCGCUGCGCCUCGGCGUCGUCACGGCCAGCAUCGCCGCCGCCGGCGACGCUGUAGUCCACACCAUGUUCGUCGAGAUUAAAGAUACGAUUAGUGGUGCUCAACUGAAGGAGAAAGUUGAGGCUGCUCUCGCCCAGCUAGACGUGACCAGAUGCCCACUCAAGACCACGAGAUACUGGGAGGACUGAUGACAUGCAAGCUUUUUUUUUUUGAAGUAAAUGACAUGCGAGCUUGACUUCUCAAUAACCGGCAUGUUUUCGUAUUAACUAUUUUUAUCUUUUUCCAAUUAAGAUAGUACUACUACUACUACUACGGUAUCAAUCCGAUGUAAUGCUCUAGGCUUUUCCAAAGCGCGACAGGGAUUGUAACUGGAUACUAGUACUUUCUGGAUGCGAAAAAGAAAUGCUAAACAUGAACACAAUUUGAUGCAUUGACUAA